CUGCUGGCUUUCCGAAUAAAGUUGCUGUUCCUUGCCCCAACAACUUGUCUCUUGAUUUAUUGGCCUGUCAUGCGGUGAGCAGUAUGAGCUUGGACUCAGUAACUCCUUCUACCUAUAAAAGUCCUUUAUUUUGUACAGCUCCUUGGAGCUCCUUUCUUUGUGCUAGAUGGAAUGCUGCCUGAUUCAUGAAUCAUUAAAUAAAGCCAAUAAGAGCUUUAAAAUUUACCCAGUUGAAUUUUGUAUUUUAAGUUUUGGUAGUAGUGGUGGGAUCUGAAGACUCCUGAUGACUUCAUAGACAACAAGAAAUACACGUGUUGAUAUCCACAAAUGCUUUGAGUUCUUUUUUUUUUUUUUUUUGGCCAGGCUGUGCAGUAUGUGGGAUCUUAGUUCCCUGACCAGGGAUUGAACUUGUGCCCCCUGCAGUGGAAGUGCAGAGUCUUAAUCACUGGACCGCCAGGGAAGUCCCUGAGUUCUCUUUCUUUGUCACUGUUUCUGAGGGCCGUGGGUAAAAAAGCACUGAUCCUACUGGCCCACUCAGAGAGGACAUCCUUCAACUAUGCCAUGAAGGAGGCCGCCGUAGAGGCUUUGAAGAGGAAAGGAUGGGAGGUCACUGUGUCGGACCUGUAUGCCAUGAACUUCAAUCCCGUCAUCUCCAGAAACAACAUCACAGGUAAACUGGAGGACCCCGGGAACUCUCAGUAUCCUGCCGAGUCUGUUCUAGCUUAUAAAGAAGGCUGUCUGAGCCCAGAUAUUGUGGCCGAACAAAAGAAGCUGCAAGCCACAGACCUUGUGAUUUUUCAGAGUGGCACUCUGCAUUUCUGUGGCUUCCAAGUCUUGGAACCUCAACUGACAUAUAGCAUUGGGCACACUCCCGAGGAUGUCCGAAUUCAGAUCCUGGAAGGAUGGAAGAAACGCCUGGAGAAUAUUUGGGAUGAGAUGCCACUGUAUUUUGCUCCAAGUAGCCUCUUUGACCUAAACUUCUAGGCAGGAUUCUUAAUGAACAAGGAGGUACAGGAUGAACAGAAAAAUAAGGAAUUUGGCCUUUCAGUGGGCCAUCACUCGGGCAAGUCCAUCCCAACGGACAACCAGAUCAAAGCCAGAAAAUAAGAUUCACAAGACUUGAUUUCCUUCUAAAAUAUAGCCAAAUCUAGACUUCUUUCUUGGGGUUCCUUGACUUGCUUUAGUUUUUAAGAUUUGUGUUUUUCUUUUGCCACAAGGAAUGGAUAGAACAGACUAUAUUCAUACAUUUUUGUAUAGUUUUGUUAAACAUAACCGAUUCUGUUUUUUUUUUAAAUUAUUAAUUUAUUUAUUUAUGGCUGCGUUGGGUCUUCAUUGCUGCAUGUGGGCUUUCUCUAGUUGCAGCGAGUG